GCGUCGCUUCCGCUCCGAGCUUUGCUGUGGUUGGCUGCAGGCUGUCGUUUCCGAUUUCAAUGGUUUCUGCUCCGCACGUCGAUACAGUCAAGUUCAAAUGUGUCUUGUUUUUUUAGACUUCUUGGACUGAACGAACAGUGAAUUAAAACCCAGACUCGGCUUGAUGUCAACAGAGAAGGCUGUGCUGGCUCUGACGGCACACCACUGGUGAAAACUGGAGAUAAAAGAACUGGAGGAGUUUAGAGCCAAAAACCAGCGUCUGCAAAAACUGUGGGUCGGCCGGUUCCUAUUCUACUCGUCUGUUUUGUACCUGCUCACCUCUCUGGUUGUGUACUACCUCUACCUGCCUGAUGAGUGGCUGCAGAGACUCGCCAUGACCCUGCCUUUCUUCAUUUAUCCUGCACUCGUGUGGUUGAUCAGAAAGUUAUUGAUCUUUCUCUUUUCCAAACGCACUGAAAGAAACAGUGAUAAACUCGAGGAGUUAAAAGCCACAAAGAAAAAGAUUUUGGAGGAGGUGAUGGAAACAGAAACCUACAAAAAUGCUAAACUUAUCCUGGAACGCUUUGAUCCAGAAGCUAAAAAGCGAGCUGAAAUGGAGUCAACACCCGUGCGUCCUCUGAUGACCCCUGGUCCAGGGCAAGAAAUCCGUCAGAGGGUUGGUCCAAUGAGACCCAUGGCGAUGGGCACCCCAACUUCGAUGGUAAUGACCCCUCAGCCUGCAGCACGGCCUGUGCUGGGACCAGGGGGUACACCAGUGGAACGUGUUCCUCUCUCAGCUCCAGGAGGACCACCAGAGAAAUCCACCCCUAAUGUCUCUGGACUCCAUGGAGCUGUCCUGAGGACCCCCUGUUCUCCUAUACCAGGUGUAGGCAUGCACCCCCCAGGUCCUCCAUUAGCAAGACCCAUCCUGCCCAAAGACAGGGGUGCGUUGGACAGAGUCAUUGAGUACCUGGUGGGAGAUGGACCACAGAACAGAUACGCUCUGAUCUGCCAGCAGUGUUUUUCUCACAACGGCAUGGCUCUGAAGGAAGAGUUUGAAUAUGUAGCAUUUCGUUGUGCAUACUGCUAUUUUCUGAACCCGGCCAGGAAGACCCGGCCUCAGGCUCCCAGACUUCCUGAGUUCAGCUAUGAAAGGAGGCUCAGACCAGAAUCCCAUUCUGCUGGAACCCCAGCACGUUCUGGGACCGACACGGAGGAGAGUGCCCCUCCUUCUGGAGAUGAGAAGGAAAUGGGAGAAGAUGAACGACUCUCCAAAGAAGAAGAGGUUGAGGGCCAAUCAGAGGAGCAGCAGCAGCAGCAGGAGGAGGAGAAGGAAGAGGAGGAGCAGGCUCAGGAAGAAGAGAAGGAAGAAUCAGAGCAGAGCCACAGAGCCUCCAUCAUAGCUGCACAGAAGAGGUCUGAAAGUUCUGCUUGAGUGGGAAACUGACGUGGAUAAAAAAGGAGCGUAUGGAUGGAUAGUUGAACAGGAAGACGUCCUAAUGCAUUGAUUUAGUUUUAUAGGUGACUUUAAAGCCCUAACGUUAACGCUGUAAGUUUUUAUUUUUAUGGUUUAAAAUUAGUUACUUAAGUUAUUUAGUGAUGCACUGAUACCAGAUUUUUCCAAAGAAUUAGAAUACAAAUACUGAGGUGUAAGUACUUAUAAAACUGAUACACUUUUUAUAAUUAAUUAGAAAAUCAGAGGAGCUUCAGGUCAGCAGUAUUUUAUUUUAUGAGAGGCCGUCAGUGAGAGGUGAGACUGUCAGGAAGCUCGUGCAGGAUCCCUUUCUGCUCAGCUUCUUCCUGCUGCUGAAAAACUCUUUAAACUUGGAGUUGUUAGUUGUUUUCAGAUGUUUUAUUAAGCUGUUUGUGUUAAAAUGCUGGAUUUCAUGACUGCUUCCGAGCUUUACUUUUAGCUGUGUCUCAAUUCAUGGGCUGCAUCCUCAUUAGUGCGCAUUUGACGGCCGCGUACGUCACUGCCCAACACCGAAUGCUGUCCCAAUUCGAAGGCUCCUCAUGCGGCCGAGAAAUGCGACCCACAAAAUCAAGGAUGCACCCGAGUAUCCCUCCCAUCCGAGGGUAUCCCAAGAUUCAAUGUGCCGACAGCAGACAGCAAACAGCAAACCCAUCACAUCGAAA